CCCGGGCGGCGAUGUUUCACUGUAUUCCCCUGUGGCGGUGCAACCGUCAUGUGGAGACCAUCGACAAGCGCCACUGCUCGCUGGUCUACGUGCCCGAGGAGGUCUACCGCUAUGCACGCAGCCUGGAGGAGCUGCUGCUCGACGCCAACCAGCUGCGGGAGCUGCCCGAGCAAUUUUUCCAGCUAGUAAAAUUACGAAAGCUUGGACUUAGUGAUAAUGAAAUUCAGCGGCUCCCUCCAGAAAUAGCAAACUUCAUGCAGCUUGUGGAACUUGAUGUGUCUCGAAAUGAUAUUCCUGAAAUUCCAGAAAGUAUCUCAUUCUGUAAAGCACUACAGAUAGCUGACUUCAGCGGAAACCCACUGACUAGGUUGCCUGAGAGCUUUCCUGAACUACAGAAUUUAACAUGUCUUUCUGUAAAUGACAUCUCACUGCAGUCUCUACCUGAAAAUAUUGGCAAUCUUUAUAACCUGGCUUCACUGGAACUGAGAGAGAACCUUCUUACAUAUCUUCCUGACUCACUUACCCAGCUACGGAGACUUGAAGAACUUGAUUUAGGAAACAAUGAAAUAUAUAAUUUGCCAGAAUCAAUUGGAGCUCUUUUACAUCUAAAGGAUCUCUGGUUAGACGGGAAUCAGCUCUCAGAAUUACCUCAAGAAAUUGGGAACCUCAAGAACCUGCUAUGCUUGGAUGUCUCUGAAAACAGGUUAGAAAGACUUCCUGAAGAAAUCAGUGGCCUGACUUCUUUAACAGAUUUAGUAAUUUCCCAGAACUUACUGGAAACAGUUCCAAAUGGCAUUGGAAAACUGAAGAAACUGUCUAUCUUGAAGGUGGAUCAGAACCGACUUGCACAGUUGCCUGAAGCUAUUGGGGAUUGUGAAAGUCUCACAGAGUUAGUUCUUACUGAAAACGGUCUAUUGACUUUACCUAAGAGCAUUGGAAAGCUUAAGAAGUUGAGCAACUUGAACGCAGACAGGAAUAAAUUAGUGUCUUUACCAAAAGAGAUUGGUGGUUGCUGUAGCCUCACUGUGUUCUGUGUACGUGACAAUAGACUAACUCGAAUACCUGCAGAGGUGUCACAGGCGACAGAACUUCGUGUCCUAGAUGUGGCAGGGAACAGGUUGAGGCAUCUGCCUUUAUCACUGACCACCUUGAAGUUGAAAGCACUGUGGUUAUCUGACAACCAGUCUCAGCCUUUACUCACAUGCCAGACAGACACGGACCACACUACAGGGGAGAAGAUUUUAACCUGUGUCUUACUUCCUCAGUUGCCUUCUGAACCUACCUGCCCAGAGAAUCUGCCUCGUUGUGGUGCACUGGAGAGCUUGGUAAAUGACGUCUCUGAUGAAACUUGGAAUGACCGUGCAGUACACAGAGUCAGUGCAAUCCGAUUUUUGGAAGAUGAAAAAGAUGAAGAUGGUGAAAUGAGAACACUUCUAAGGCGAGCCACCCCACACCCAGGGGAGUUAAGGAACAUGAAAAAGACGGUGGAGAACUUACGGAAUGAUAUGAAUGCUGCUAAAGGACUAGAGUCAAGUAAAAACAAGGUCAAUCAUACCACUGACCUUGUGACUACAUCUGUGUAGAAUUUCACCUCUGCGUUCUGUGUUCUACCUGCUGUGUCUCCCCUGCUGUGGAGAUGUUCCUGUCCUUUGUGCUUCUGAGGAGCCUCACACAGUCCUUCACCUGCGCCACAUCUGCAUAUCACCUCCGUGACAAGUGCCAGGAUGCCUGUCCUCCAGGAAGUGCCUUAUUUGUCCUUCAGCCAGUCAUCUCACCAGUGGCCUCCGAGUCUGAUUGUUACUCAGCUUUCAGAUCUUCAUAAAAGUAGAAUACACUACUGUCCACAUCUGACAUGCUUCUGUCUUCUGUCAGAGUGAAGGAGAGGAGGAAGGGAAUUUUUAUCCUCUCCAUUAUGUGCUGGACAUUUUGAACCCUCGUUUUCUUGAAUCUACUGAUGAAAGGAAGUUUUAUGUAUACGGGGAAACUAAUCAUUCUUAACUCUUUUUUGGCAGCUGAGAUGGUGUAAAUUUAAAAAUUUUGUAUAGUUAUUUCAUAACAAAAACUAUGUAUUUCUGUUAUUUUAUCUUGAAGACGGUACACAUUUUCUUGAGUAAUUAUGCAGGAAAAAAAAAAACAGACCUGAAGUAAUUUUUUUUUUGUCCCAUAUACUUUGUGCCUUACUGUACCCUGUAUCACAUCAAACCACUUGGAAACAAUGGCAUCAUUAAGCAGUGAGGUGGUAAUGGGAAUGUGGUACUUUUAAAGCAGUGUUGUAUUUUAAUCAGUAAUCUACCAGGUAGAUUGGUUUUUAGCCAAAAAUAUGGACUUGUCAAUGAUUUGAGUUAUAUUGACUUCUUUUGAAAAGAUGAACCAAAGGAUUUGGCUGCUAUUUCUUAUAUUUUAACUUUUCAUCUGUCCUGAUGAGUGCAGUGUCAUACUGCUUACUGAAAAGGCAGGUGCCAUUUCGAUAAUGAAAUAGAGCUUUUCUGCAAUAAAGGAGAAAACUGGCUUAGAAAUACAGUGGAUAAUAAUGGAUUUCAAAAGAAUGAUUCUGAUUGAAGAAAGCUUUAAAAGUUGUAUGUCAAGAUAAAAGACAAGAAAAAAAGCAAAACAGCUCAGUACCAUAGUCGAAAUAUUACUAUCUUUAUAAGUGCAAUUUAAUUUGUAAAUAAGUUGAAUCAAAGUAUAACAAAAGACUGCUUCAAGAUUUAUUUUAAAUCUUCUAAUUUAAGGGUAAUAGGGUAUGUUUUAGUGUGUUUCUGUUGUUUGCUUUUUUGUAUGCUGUGAUAAAAAGAAAAAAUGCAAAGUGAUGGUCACUAUGUAGUGUCUGGGAAAAUCAUGUGUUUUUUUUGGGGGGGAGGAGGGGCAUGGAGUCUUUCUUCAUGAAAUAAACUCACCAUGAACGUUGAAAA